AUGCGCCGCCCGGGCUCGAGGCCUAGGUAUCUGCCGCCUCCCUCCGGCAAUUGUUCGUACAGUUCCAGGCUGUCGGACCCAUGGGAAGAUUGGGAGGACGGAAGCGCAGCCACUUCUGAUCAGAACUCACUGGCUGGCAGCGGAGCAUCGGUAAACAUCCUGACUCCCCGAAACUCCAAAGAUGCAUCGGUUUACGACUCAACACAGGAGGGUGAAUUCAGGGGAGACAAGUGGAGUAGCGGAAUAAACACCCCUGCCGAGCAUAGCGACGAUACAGGCUCAGACUCAAUAUACACCGGUGCACCUGCCACUAGGAUAUCAGUUGAAGAACACCGCAAAUCUGUCAUCCAGAGCUCACAAUUUCCCCUCGGCACUGCGGUCCUCGCCACCGCCGCUGUCGCCUCCCUCGCCGCUCUCAGCCUCUAUGGCAACACCGCCUACCCUACCUCUCUCGCCCCCUCCGUCGCCACCACUUUCCGCGAUGGCCUCUUCAAUGACACCCACACCAGCCUACCAUACCCUUCCAAUGCCUCGAUCCUCGGAGACACCCUGGUUCCCCUCGCACACUCCACCUGGAAUGCGGCUUCCGCUGCCAUCAGCGCCAGCCCGACCUGGGCAAAAUGCACCGCGGCAGCAGGGGCAGCCUACUUGGCAAGAGACAUUCCGGCCAGGAUGUCACACGAGCUGCACAACACGGAGCUGGGACACUGGAUCGGGCGGGCGACCCGAGCGGAAAACCUUGCUGCCAACAUCCAUCGACUGGUCAAACCAGAUCCGGAGCCCAAACCUAGCUGGUGGUCAUGGCGAUAG